CCAGCACUGGCUGCAUUCGGUGAACCGGAGAGAAUUCCCUUCCUGGCCCCAGCAUUGGCUGAUGCCGGCUCUCCUGUGUCAGGACAUCCCUUCUAGUGCUUACUGUUGUAACUCGGGCUGUUUUCAUUAUCCACCGCAGGGUCCAGCUGCUACUGCAUUUGCUGUGGAGCUGUUGGCUUCCGGGAGAUCUUGUCUCUCACAAAUAGAAGUGAUCCCAUGUAAGAUCUGUGGGGACAAAUCAUCAGGGAUCCACUAUGGAGUCAUCACCUGUGAAGGCUGCAAGGGUUUUUUCCGCAGAAGCCAGCAGGGCAACGUGACAUAUUCCUGCACCCGCCAGCAGAACUGCCAGAUCGACCGGACCAGCCGCAACCGCUGCCAGCAUUGCAGGCUACAGAAAUGCCUCAGCUUGGGGAUGUCCCGAGAUGCGGCCUCCUCCCUGGGCCUGGCUAACGGGCAGCUCAAGCUGGCCCCCUCCCCGGACCUGCUGGAGUCCUCGGCCUGCUCCACGGCCCUCCUGAGCGGACAGGCGCGGCUGAGCCAGUCUCCAGACGAGACGGCGGCUCUGGCCUAUCCCACCGGACUGGCCAAGGGUCACAGCCGGCUGAGCGACAACCUGCGCGGCCCCUUCACCCGGGAGUACAGCCCCGAGCGGAUCAAGAUGGAGAGCCGGGCCAGCGUCUUCUACACGCUGGAGAUGCAGGCGUCGCCGGACCUCGCCCGGCUGGACAUUGGUGGGGGCAAGCGGGGCCAGGCCGGGGGCGACGUCGGGGAGGCUGUCGACUUCUACACCAGUCCCAACUUCACCAGCAUCCUGGAGUCACCCAACUCCUCGGUGACGGAGAUCGAGCACCUGACCCAGAACGUCCUCAAGUCCUACCGGGAGACCUGCCAGCUGCGCCUGGAAGACUUGCAGCUUCUGAGGCUGGAGACGUUCUCGUGGGAGGAGGUCCGGAGCUACCAGAAGAAGUCCAUGGAGGAGAUGUGGGAACGCUGUGCCUGCCGCAUCACAGAAGCCAUCCAGUACGUGGUGGAGUUUGCCAAGCGGAUGGGAGGCUUCAUGGAGCUGUGCCAAAACGACCAGAUCGUGCUUCUGAAAGCAGGUGCCAUGGAAGUGGUUCUGGUGCGAAUGUGCCGUGCCUUUAAUUCGGAGAACAGGACGGUCUUCUUCGAGGGCAAAUACGCGGGCCCAGAGCUCUUCAAAUCGCUCGGGUGCAACGAGCUGAUCAACUCCAUCUUCGACUUCGCUCACAGCCUGUGCUCGCUGCACUUCUCCGAGAACGAGAUCGCACUCUUCACCGCCCUGGUGCUCAUCAACUCAAGUCGGCCGUGGCUGCAGGAGAAGGACAAGGUGGAGAGGCUUCAGAACAACCUGGAACUGGCCUUUAAGCACAUGCUACGGAAAACCCACCGGGAAAGCAUCCUGGCCAAGCUGCCGCCCAAAGGGAAACUGCGCAGUCUGUGUUACCAGCACAUGGAGAAGCUGCGGUCCUUCCGGCAGAUGUACCCCAUCAUCGUCCACGCCGUGUUCCCCCCGCUCUACAAAGAGCUCUUCAGCUCCGAGUGCGAGCUCCAGGGAGCAGCGGCAGAAUGAUCCCCACGGGCGGCUGGCGCCCAGAGACCGUCUGCCGCCUCGCCCCGGUCUGUCACAUCUCCUGCUCCCUGAGGGGAGGUCACGGGGAGGGUUGGACCUCAUUGGAACCCGCCCCCUUCCUCCUCUUUCCCAUGUAGCACGGUGGAGGGAUGUGGCCGGCGCAUCAGAGCAAACAGCUGGGAGCCAGGACUCCGUGCUUGUCUAGACCACCAACUUGAGCAGCACUGCUCCUUUCUCUGGGCCUGCUUCCUCUCGCGGCAGUGCAGGGGGAGGGAGACACCACCCCCACUCCCUAAGGGUGGCGUGAUGCUUAAAUAACCCGGUGAAGCAUUUUGAGAGUCUCCACUGGCAGGUGCUACAGAUGCGCAAAGUAUUAUUGGGGAGGUGCCCCGAGACCCCAGGGCGAUGGAGACCAUGGGGAUCACUAGCUUUUGCUGUAAUAUAUUCGGGGCCGAUGAAAACAUGCUGCCCACCGUAUUACUCCAGUGACUAGACUCUAGCGCCGGGCCCGGGUAGUUCAAAUACCUCAUUUUUUUAUUUCUCUUUUUUGGUCACCUUACAGAUUUGUGGCAGGAGAAUUUUUAACCAAGCUGUUUCAAAAUAAUAGUUGUACAUAACAUAGAAGUCUAUUUUUAAACGUCUGCCUUUACAUCUGUCCUGCAGCACCAAGGGAGACACACACACACGUCCCUGGCCCAAGUUCUUGUAUUCCUUAUUAACGUCCAGGAAUCGACAAGAAAUUGUGGCUUGGUCGAAAAGUAGUGGGUGUGCACUCUGCUGCCCCCUGCUGGGAAGAAUCCACCUUCCCAUAAAAUUCUCAGGGUUUUAAACCCAACAUGUUUUUACUCACAGUAAAAUAUAUAUAUAUUGUAUAAAGUUAAUAUAAUAAAAGGCUGGUUUUACCGUUGAGGCUAUUUUUGGAAAGCAACAAAUUCUAAUUUUCUUAAGUACGGAGCUUUUAGUGAGCAGGAGCUGACAGUUGUUUACAAGGGGAAUGAUUUUCUAAAUCUCCUUUUUCUAAAAGAGCUGUUGCCCCUCCCCGGGGGGGGUAUAAAGCAAUUUGGGUUGAACUAGCUGGGGGUUUGCACGGCUGGAUUCAGAAGCACAGUCACCAUGAUGGGCGCCCAUCCGUUGGCUUCAGCCGUCUUUGGAUCAAGCAAGUAGAUCAUGCAAGCCCCCGUGUCACUUCAAGGCCCCAGGAGGUCCUGGCGAUAUCACGGCAAUGGGAUUGCUCUGUAAAGUGAAGCAUUGGUAAGUGUUUGCAGGAUCAAACCCCAUGCUCCUUGUCUAAGCUUGUCCGUGGCACACGAAUGCUGUGAGGCAGCACCCACGGAAGGACCUUGGCGUUGGGCCCCUCCAACAAAGGGCAGCAAAGACUCAGGCUCAAGGGACCGGCUGGCAGAGGAUCGGGCCCUUCGUUGCCCCACAGCACUUAGUCCCACUGCCAUUUGUGGUCAGCCUGGAACGUCUUUUAUAAACUUUUUGACAGGCUGAACGUUUUUGGCUUUGGUCCAACCCGAAAUGGAUUCUCUAUUUCCACUUUCCAAACGGAAAAGUCCCUUUAUAUUCCCCCCUCCCCUGGUCUAAUUCCCUGUCUCUGCCGUCUCCAGACACCCAUCCAGCAGCUGUCUUACUAAACAGAACACCCCACAUUUCUUUCAUCUCUGCAGUAAGUAAGCCAGCGAGCGCCGCCUGGGGCUAGUGCGGAUGCUCACACCAACUCCAGGAAGCAUCUUCCUACCAUGACCUGGCCCUGCUCAUGCUGGUCAGCUUCAGCCACACCUGCCUUUGGCUUUUUUACGUCCUUCAGGGCACGUCUACACUAGGAAAUGAUUUGGAAAUAACAACUGCCCAAAUACAAUCGAAAUAGCCUGUCCCCACUGUGGGGAAGCCUCAAAAUUAGUCCGAGGCAGGCUCCAUUGUUAUGGCCGCGCUACCUCAGACGUAGAACCCCAGGAAGCAAUGGGGAGUAAUUACUUCGAAUGACUCUGGGGAGUCGUUAUUUUGAAAGAGCAGCAGCAGA